GACCACGGUGGGGUCACAUCUGGCAGAGAAGCUGGGCUGGAAAUUCUAUGAUGGUGAUGACUAUCAUCCUCCAGAGAAUAAAAAGAAAAUGGCAGAAGGGAUUCCACUAAAUGACCAGGACAGGAUCCCAUGGCUUUGCAAAUUACAUGAUAUAUUAAUGAGGGAAGAGUCAUCUGGACAAAAUGCCAUUCUGGCCUGCUCUGCUCUGAAGAAAAUGUAUAGGCGCAUAUUAAUAAGUGGAACAGAGGCAGCAUAUUCUAAAAACGAUGAGUUAGAAAAACAAAAAGAAACUGCUGCAGGGAAGAUCCUCUUUAUUCAUUUGGAUGGACCAAAGGAACUCAUCGCUAAACGCCUGGAGAAGAGGAAAGGACAUUUUAUGCCGUCUGAAUUACUACAGUCUCAAUUUGAUGCUCUAGAGCCCCCAACAGCACCAGAAAACUUUAUUACUAUCAGCCUGGAGAAGUCGGUUUCAGAAGUAGUGUCUGAAAUUGUGAAAUCUCUUCCUUUAAAGUGAUACUUUUUCAGAGCACAAUCUGAAUUAAACAAACAUCAGCUUUCUUAGCCAUGUCAGAUUUGUGAAACAGCAUUUUAAUUGCUUUCUCAAGGUAAUCAAUACAAUUUGAAAUGCUCAUUUAAUUUUCUUGGUGAACUUUCAGGGUGCUGCAAUCCUAAAGCCUGUUUUUGCUAUUGCUGAUAUUUCUGUGAAAGCAAGUUAAAACUCAGGUGGAAUUCUCAGAAGCUGUCAGUAUUGAUCUGACCCUUCUCCAACAUCCGUCAAAGUUAAGACUUGCAUUAAUUCUGAUGCAGACCAAAGUCAGCACAGAGCACUUUCAAAGAUCCCGCGAAGGGUGAUUAGACAGAGAUGAGAAUGUUAACCCAUUUUCACUAUUUUUCCCGUCAGAACAGAAGUUGGCCUAAGUCAUCACUCACUAACAUUAAGUAAUGAAAUCAUCAAACUGUUUUUAAGAGGAGUCAGAGUUCUCUACUAGUGCAAGGAAGCAAGAGACCAAUGACUGGGCUCUUUUCCUGAAACUACCAUUGGCUUAUUGCCUCAUUUUGAACAAGUCUCAACUUCUGUGUCUGUGUCCUCAACUGAAAUUACUUAUCCCCCUCACAGGAGUGUUGUGCAUCUUCACUGAUUUUUUCUUAAACACUGACUGCUAGUUGGAAAGAAAGGGCUUUGCAACUGCAAAGUAUAAUUCUAUCUACAUCUUUAAAAAUAAACUCUUAAGUGACCUUG